CUAUCUGUCGUUGGUGCAGGACAGUUGUAUGCAGCAGAGCCCAGAGUGACAUUGAGACCUGCGUCCAUUACUGAAUCUAUUAUUAGUUCAUCAUUAACUUAAUUCCUCUCAGUUCAACUCUAACUGUCUGCUCAGGAUGGCACAUGAUUGGCAGGGAGGUAGAAGUAGGAGUCACCACCGAUAUGAGGAAGAUGAUGAAGAACCCCAGCCAGUGUAUAUUGGUGUUCCGUUAACACACGGUUACAGUAAAAGGAGACGGCGUAAACACCGCUCCCAACGCGAGAAACAUCACACCCACCAUGAUCAACACACACAGCACGAACACACACACCAUGACCAUCACUAUGACAACCAGGAACACUAUGAAGAUGAGGAGGAGAUGGAACAACAUGACAUAUUUCACCCUGACUCCACAGUGUCCCCGGCGGCGGAGAGGCUGCGUUACAUCCUGGGUGAAGAUGAUGACUUGCCGACGCCCACUCUGUUCACAGAGAUGGACACACUGCAACACGAUGGAGACGAUAUGGAGUGGAAAGAGUCUGCUAGGUGGGUGAAGUUUGAGGAGAAGGUGGAGGAGGGAGGAGAGAGGUGGAGUAAGCCCCAUGUGUCCACCUUGACCCUCCACAGUCUGUUUGAGUUGAGGACCUGUAUACAGACUGGCAGUGUACUGCUGGAUCUGGAGGGAUACUCACUGCCAGAGAUAGUGGAUGACAUUGUGGAUCGCCAGGUAGCUGAUGGUCUGAUUGGUCCAGAGCUGAGGGAAAAGGUCAGCUUCGUGUUGCUACGGAAACAUCGCCACCAGCAUAAGAAACCCAUGCAUCGCUCACUAGCCGACAUGGGCAAAUCAAACAAUUGCCCCGCCAGCCGUAGUCCCCAGUCUGUUCAUAGUGCCAGCCGUACUAACUUCAGUCGUAGUCCUAGUUCAGCCUCUGGCCUCCAUCGUUCUACAGAAGACCUACGUGCCAAGUCAGGCAGCCUUGCCCGCCUGCAUCAUGCGCAAAGCCGAAGUAUGAACGAUAUUUCAGACACACCAAGCACAGACCAGCUGAAGAACAAGUUCAUGAAGAAGAUUCCUCGUGAUGCCGAGGCGUCUAACGUUCUGAUUGGAGAAGUGGACUUCCUGGACAAACCAUUUGUAGCGUUCGUACGUCUGGCCCAAGCUACCACACUGGGAGGCCUGACCGAGGUCCCCGUACCUACCAGGUUUCUGUUUGUCUUGCUUGGUCCUCAUGGCAAAGGCAAGUCCUACAACGAGAUUGGUCGAGCCAUUGCUACGCUCAUGGUGGAUGACUUGUUUAGUGAUGUGGCGUAUAAAGCCCGGGACCGUGAUGACCUGAUCGCUGGGAUUGAUGAGUUUCUGGAUGAGGUCAUCGUUCUGCCACCAGGGGAGUGGGACCCAAAAAUACGCAUCGAGCCCCCCAAGAAAGUCCCCUCUGCCGACAUGAGGAAGUCUGUGCUGAACCUGAACGAGCUGGGCCAGGUAAACGGGGCGGUCGGGGGGGCAGGAGGAGGAGAGGACGAGGAGAUGCCCGCCCCCCACGAGCUGGGAGAGGAACUGCAAUUCACUGGCAGGUUCUGUGGAGGCCUGUGGCUGGACAUUAAGAGGAAGGUUCCGUGGAUCCUUAGUGAUUUCUCCCAGGGAUUCCACAUCCAGUCCAUCUCUGCUGUGCUGUUCAUCUACCUGGGCUGCAUCACCAACGCCAUCACCUUCGGAGGCCUGCUGGGAGAUGCCACAGACAACUACCAGGGUGUGAUGGAGAGUUUCCUAGGUACAGCGUUAGCAGGUACAGUGUUCUGUCUAUUAGGAGGUCAACCUCUCAUCAUCCUCAGUUCCACUGGACCCAUCCUCAUCUUUGAGAAACUGCUCUACGAGUUCUGCAAGUCUAACACUAUAGAUUAUAUGGAGCUGCGUCUGUGGAUUGGUCUCCACUCCUGUCUGCAGUGUCUGAUCCUGGUCGCCACGGACGCCAGUUACAUCAUCAAAUACAUCACACGCUUCACUGAGGAGGGCUUCUCCAGCCUCAUCUCCUUCAUCUUCAUCUCUGAUGCCAUUAAGAAGAUGGUGGGAUCCUUCAAGUACUACCCUAUCAACCGUGGCUUCAAGCCUGACUACGUUACCUCAUACAAGUGUGAAUGUAUCGCACCAGACCAGGCCGCUGCAAUGGGUUUGAAUGUUUCAGUUCCACUAGCGGACGAUAACAUGACUGAUUUGUAUAACAUAACAGGUCUGGACUGGAGUCAGCUGAGUAAGAAGGAGUGUGUGAAGUAUGGCGGCGCCCUGUUGGGAAACACCUGUAAGUACGUCCCUGACCUGGCCCUCAUGUCCUUCAUCCUGUUCUUCGGGACCUACUCCAUGACCGUCUCACUCAAGAAGUUCAAGACCAGCCGGUACUUCCCCACCAUGUGCCGCUCCCUGAUUGGUGAAUUCUCGAUCAUCAUCUCAAUCCUGGUAUUCUGUGGGAUAGACUACCUGUUAGGGCUGGAGACGCCCAAACUGCACGUGCCCACUGAAAUCAAGCUGAGGAAGCUGAUCAGUGAUUUCUCCAUCUUCAUGUCAAUCAUGACGUUUGUGGGUCUGGAUAUGCUUGUAGGGCUGGACACACCCAAACUAAUCGUACCCACAGAGUUUAAGCCGACGCGUCCAGACCGUGGCUGGUUGGUGAUGCCGUUUGGUAAGAACCCGUGGUGGGUGUACGUGGCCAGCGCCGUUCCUGCUCUCCUGGUCACCAUCCUCAUCUUCAUGGACCAACAGAUCAGCGCUGUCAUCGUCAACCGCAAAGAGAACAAACUCAAGAAAGGUUGUGGGUACCAUCUGGACCUGUUCUGGGUGGGUAUUCUGAUGGCAGUGUGUUCCUUCCUGGGCCUGCCCUGGUACGUGGCUGCCACUGUCAUCUCCAUCGCCCACAUCGACUCUCUGAAGAUGGAGAGUGAGUCCAGCGCCCCAGGAGAGCAGCCCCAGUUCCUGGGAGUCAGGGAACAGAGGUUGACGGGUAUUCUGGUGUUUGUCCUAAAUGGAGUCUCUAUCUUCCUGGCUCCUGUCCUGCAGUACAUCCCCAUGCCUGUUCUCUACGGUGUCUUCCUUUACAUGGGAGUGGCCUCACUUGCUGGAAUACAGUUCUGGGAGCGUAUAAAGCUGUACCUGAUGCCAGCCAAGCACCAGCCAGACUUCUCCUUCCUGCGUCAUGUUCCUCUGAGGAGGGUUCACCUGUUCACCCUGGUCCAGAUCAUCUGUCUGGCUGUCCUCUGGAUCCUCAAGUCUACUGUCGCUGCCAUCAUAUUCCCUGUCAUGAUCCUGGGUCUGAUGGUGGUGCGUAAGAUGAUGGACCUGAUAUUCUCUCAACAUGACCUGGCCUGGCUGGACGACAUCCUGCCAGAGAAAGACAAGAAGAAGGAGAAAGGGGGGAAGAAAAAGAAAGACAACAAAAAGACCAAAGCAGCAGCAGAGACGGAGAGCGACGAGGAGUGUUGCUGAAAAGGCACUGUAUAACACUUACUACUGUCUGUCUCGACGUCUGUCUGUCUGUCUCGACGUCUGUCUGUCUGUCUGUCUGUCUGUCUGUCUGUCUGUCUGUCUGUCUGUCUGUCUGUCUGUCUGUCUGUCUGGGCAUC